CCUCAAGCGCACCUCACCUCCUCCGCCACCCCUUCCACCUCCGCCGCCCUGCACCUCCGCCACCCCCUCCACCUUCGUCGCCCUCCUCCUCCAGCCGACACCCACCUCCGUCGCCCUCCUCCUCCAGCUGACACCCACCUCCGUCGCCCCUCCACUCCAGCCGACACCUCCUCCAACGUCUUCUCCACCACUCUUUGAAGAAAGAACCGUAGUUGGUCAAUUCACUGCAGCCAACACCUAUCCAGCCGAAACCCACUCCAGCCGACACAGUUAACAACCCACGGUCAAAUUCGUAACUUCCUCAUUACAAAACAUUCAUGCUUUUGUGUGUUAUUGAGUCAUCUGGCGCGAAAUUCUGGGCACGUCUCUUGUUUCUCUCUCUAAUAUACAUACAGAUUUCUAUAUGUAUCACCUUCGAGUAAUUAACAUCUUGAUCUCCAAAAUUACUCUUCAUUUUCCGAAUUUCAAACCGUUUCAGAUCAAUGAAUUGAGAGUAUUCAAAGGUAAAUUCGCCAUCGAUAAUAAUAUGCGUUUAUCAUUUGAUUUAUUAGUUGCCGAUCGGUAAAACCCUAGAUACAUAUUUCGUCGAUUAUGUUCUGAAUUCGUCACAAUUUUUGGGGAUUUUGUGAAUUUGUUGUUCGUUUGUGUGUGUAUGACGUCAUGCAUGUGUUGAUUUUGAGAUUGAGAUUGGAGAAGAUCAUUCAUUAGGGUUAGGUUUUGAGUGAAAUGGUUUGUUGAUAAUGGAGGAUACUGAUGAGGAUUUUUUCGAUAAAUUGGUUGAUGAUGUUGAUAAUGUUGACGAUCCGGUUAAGAUCACUUCAUCGUCUUCGGUUACGGCAACCGGAAUCGCGAAUGUGAAGCAUUCGAGUGUGUUUGAUAAUGCAUUGGGUAAAAAAGAUGAUAAUAAAGCUGCUUCGAGUGCGGUUGAUAAUGUGAAUCGAGAAUCGAGUGUGAAGGAUGAUCGAGUGGACCGCGGUCAGUCAGUGUCGUCUAGUUUGAACGCGUUUGAUAAUGUGAAUCCGAAUCGAGAAUCGAAUAAUAUGGAUCAGUAUCAUGGAACGGAGGGUGGUGCGGGUGUUAAGGAGGUGCAGUGGAGUGCGUUCACAGCCGAGGCUGUAAACAAUAAUACUAAUGUUUACGGGUCGUAUGACUUUUUCUCGGAGUUUGAUAAUAGUUUGGUUGAUCCGGCUGUUAAAGGGGAUAAGAUUGCUAACAGUGGUUCAUCAAAUGUUGGGAGCGUUACGGAUUAUUCACAUCAGCUUCAAGAGGGUCAAUCGUAUGCUAUUUCGGAUGGUCAAGACGUUAAUAGUAGUCAGUAUUGGGAGAGUCUUUAUCCGGGAUGGAAGUACGAUGCGAAUACCGGACAAUGGUAUCAAGUUGAUGGAAGUUAUGAGGCAAUGUCAAACGUACAAAUGGCCGAUAAUACAGUUUCCGCAUCUGAUUGGACAGUUUCGAAUGCGAAAACCGAGGUUGCGUAUUUGCAGCAAACUGGCCAAUCUUUGUUGGCAGAACGAGGUACUAGUGAAAGUGCCAUGACUUGGAGUCCAAAUUCACAAACUAGUCACACUAACGAGAGUUUAUCGAGUUGGAGUCAAUCAUCACAAGGAAAUAACGGGUAUCCACCGCAUUUUUAUUUCGAUCCGCAAUAUCCCGGUUGGUAUUACGACAUGAAUGCGCAGGAAUGGCGGUCUUUAGAUGCGUAUAAUUCUCAGAUUUACGAUCAAAAUAGUUUUCCUGCAAGUAAUAGUUAUUACGGAAAUGAACAGUUAGACUAUAAUUGGAACGGGUCGUUUGGUAAGCAGCAACAAUGGCAAGCUGAUACUGUUAACAAUGUUAGUCAACAUAGUCAACAGCAAUCUUAUGGUACUAAUUUUCGUGUAGAUAACAAUAUUAAUCAACAGCAAUCUUACGAUUACGGUGGAGUGGUUUCAUCAUUUAAUAAAUCUAGCCAGGUUCGUAAUGAGGUUCCUGCUGUUUCUAGCGCUCAAUCUUUUGGUUCUGGUGGGAAUAUUAGUCAAUCGAUGAUGGAUCAAAGUAAUACGAUGAAUGCUACAAAGGUGUAUGGGAGUCAGAACCAGCUAAACUAUUCUCAGCAAAGCGUACAUCAAAGUGGACAUCAAAAUUCUUAUGGGUCUACUGCUGGAAGGUCAUCUGAUGGUCAACCUCCUCAUGCGUUGGUUACGUUCGGUUUUGGCGGCAAGCUAAUUGUGAUGAAGGAUACAAGUGCUGUAAUAAAUUCAUCUUAUGGAAGCCAGGGUUGUAGUGCCGGAACAAUUUCUGUUCUUAACCUAAUGGAAAUUGUCACUAGAGUAGGUGAUGUGUCGAGCAGUGCGACAAGUGUACACGGUUACUUUCAUACUCUUUGCCGCCAGUCGUUUCCCGGUCCACUGGCGGGUGGAAAUUUUGGCAGUAAAGAGUUGAUUAGAUGGAUCGAUGAGAGAAUCACACGCCCUACUGACACAAAUCACAAAAAAGACCAAGUUCUUCGGUUGCUUCUUUCUUUGCUAAAAAUCGCUUUACAACACUACGGGAAAUUUCGUUCUCCUUUCGGAACUGAUACCACAACAAAGGAAAAUGAUGUUCCAGAUGUUGCUGUUGCUAGACUGUUUGCAUCCGCAACGAAAAACAGUGCAGAAUAUGCUGAUUAUGGCGCUUUCUCCAACUGCUUGCAACAGUUACCUUCGGAAGGGCGGACCAGGGCAACUGCUGCUGAAGUCCAAACUCUUCUAGUUUCCGGUAGAAAGAUGGAAGCCCUUCAUCGUGCACAAGAGGGUCAAUUAUGGGGGCUUGCCCUUAUUCUUGCAGCACAACUCGGUGAUCAGUUCUAUGUGGAUACUGUAAGGAAGAUGGCUCUUCGCCAGCUAGUAGCGGGCUCACCUUUGCGGACUUUAUGCCUACUUAUUGCGGGUCAACCCGCUGAUGUGUUCUCAACUGACCCAGCAGCAGGUGAUGCAACUUAUAUGUUUCAGCAGCCUGCACAGGCUCAACUUGGUGCAAACGCUAUGCUUGACGAUUGGGAAGAGAAUUUGGCUAUGAUUACUGCUAACAGGACCAAAGAUGAUGAACUGGUGCUUAUUCAUCUCGGUGACUGUUUGUGGAAGGAAACAAGUAACAUCAUUGCUGCACACAUUUGCUAUUUAGUCGCUGAAGCAAACUUUGAGCCUUAUUCCGACAGUGCAAGACUUUGUCUCAUUGGCGCAGAUCACUGGAAACAUUCCCGAACAUAUGCCUCUCCAGAAGCCAUUCAGAGGACAGAGGUGUAUGAAUACUCAAAGCUUCUGGGGAAUUCUCAGUUCACCUUGCUACCGUUUCAACCGUAUAAGCUUAUAUAUGCCUAUAUGUUGGCUGAAGUCGGAAGAAUAUCCGACUCACUAAAGUAUUGUCAAGUAAUUACGAAAUCAUUAAAAACUGGCCGAGCCCCUGAAGUAGAAACAUGGAGGCAUAUGGUUAUAUCCUUAGAAGACAGAAUAAAAACUCAUCAACAGGGUGGAUUCUCUACAAACUUAGCUCCUGGUAAAUUAGUUGGAAAAUUACUUAACCUUUUUGACAGCACCACACAUCACGUGUUUGGGGGAUUGCCGCCACCUGUUCCAUCAACAUCUGGUUCUAGUACACAAAGUGACCUUAAUCACCAACCCAACGGACACCGCGUAUUGUCUAGCCAGUCAACAAUGGCCAUGUCAUCGUUAGUGCCAUCUGCUUCCAUGGAGCCCAUCACUCAGCAGUCCGCAGAGGGAAACAACAGAAGAAUCAUGCAUAACAGAAGUGUUUCCGAGCCUGAUUUUGGUCGGUCUCCUAGGCAGAAUCAGGUUGAUUCAUCAAAAGAAAACUCCACAGAUUCACAAGGUAAAGCAUCUGGUACUUCACGGUUUGGUCUUUUUGGGUCCCGCUUGCUCCAAAAGACUGUGGAUUUGGUCCUAAAACCUUGGCCGGACAAACAGGCGAAACUUGGAGAGAAGAACAAGUUUUAUUACGAUGAGAAACUUAAAAGAUGGGUAGAGGAAGGUGUUGAUCCGCCAGCAGAGGAAGCGGCGAUUGCUCCACCUCCAACAAUGUCAACUUUUCAGAACGGAACACCGGAAUAUUCCUCAAAAAGUGCUGUAAAGGGCGACGGAUCUCUUACCAAUGGAAGCUCCGAGUUUUCAAGCUCAAAAAGUUCCGGAAUCCCACCAAUUCCCGCCACCUCAAGCCAAUUCGCAGCCCGUGGAAGGACAGGUGUUCGACAAAGGUACGUUGACACGUUUAACCAAGGUGGUGGGAACCCAACCAAGUUGUUCCAGUCUCCUUCUGCGUCCUCGAUCAAACCCGUCACAAAAUCAAAUCCACAAUUCUUUGUUCCAAAGGCCGCACCCGCAGUUGACCAACCAACUGACCCGUUUCAAGAUAACACACAACAACAAACCGUUGAUGAAAAUCAUUCACCGACUUCAAUACACAACCAGUUUCAACCUCCUACAUAUCAAUCUUCCAUGCAAAGAUUUGCAAGCAUGGAUGAUAUCGCAAGAGGGAGAAUCAUUCCUUCAUACCCGAGCACAUCCGGUUCACCUCACUCACGAAGAACGGUUUCGUGGGGUGGAGGUAUCGAUGAACGGUUUUCGGGUUCUAGUAGGGAUAUGAGAUCAAGUGGUGAGGUUUUAGGUAUGGCUUCAAGGUCGUUUGUCCCACGUGAAGGUGGUUUAGCACAAACGAGUAACGGUGAUGGGUGUAACGAUGACCUUCAUGAGGUUGAACUUUAGAAACCGCGUGUAAGGAGGUGGUUUUUGGGUUCUAUAGUAUAAGUACUUGUAUAGAGAUAGGUUUUGGUUUAUAAUGUGUGGUGAUUUUGCUGAAAUGGUGAACUUGUACAGUUUACUGUUUUGUUUAUUGAUGAGAAUAUACCACCCUUGAAGUUGGCUGAUGUA